UGACCCAAAAUGGCAGCGCUCAGAGCGUAGUUCUUUGCUUUUCCGAGGUGAACUUAGAUUAAAAUCCUACAUCAUGUCGAAGCUAAGCCGGGUCACUCGGACCCUCAAGAAGCCUGAGGCUGGCGGCGUGAUCCGGUCUAUCGUGCGAGCAGGCCAAGCUAUUCCCGGGCCUCCACUAGGUCCCAUCUUGGGUCAGCGAGGUGUCUCUAUCAACCAGUUCUGCAAAGAGUUCAACGAGAAGACAAAGGACAUCAAAGAAGGCAUUCCCCUGCCUACAAAAAUUUUUAUAAAGCCCGACAGAACAUUUGAGCUCAAGAUUGGACAGCCUACUAUUUCCUACUUUUUGAAGGCAGCUGCUGGGAUCGAGAAGGGGGCCCGGCAAACAGGGAAAGAGGUGGCAGGCCUGCUGAGUUUGAAGCACAUAUACGAGAUUGCCUGUGUCAAAGCUAAGGAUGAUGCUUUUGUCAUGCAAGAUGUACCCCUGUCUUCUGUGGUCCGCUCCAUCAUUGGCUCUGCCCGUUCCCUGGGCAUUCGUGUGGUGAAGGACCUCAGUGCAGAAGAACUGGCAGCUUUCCAAAAGGAACGAGCCGUGUUUUUGGCUGCUCAGAAAGAGGCAGAUUUGGCAGCCCAGGCAGAAGCUGCCAAGAAGUGACCCCAACUUUCUGCACUCUGGGAAUUUGAAGUGAAAGGCUGAGAAGGGGCCCCACCGAGGAAGCUGAGCCAAAGGACUUCAUAUAACCCUAUUUAUAGUUUCCUGAUGUAUUUCUAUACAAAAGCUGCCAAGGGAUCAAGCCUGAAUAAACAUUCUUUGUCAUCAACUCUCAUCUUCUCUCCUGAGACCCCAGAGAUGGGGACAAAUACUGACAGUUACCAGUCUUCACGGGUGUGAGCUGCCCCAUAGGUGAACAGGAAUCUUAACGCUUCUUGUGUGAACACAGACUCAACCAAGCAAAUUAUCAUGCUCAGUGCCUUGGUCAGCUUUGUAUUGUUACAUCAAAAUAACCAAAGCGUGGUACUUUAUAAAGAAAAGGUAUUUAUUUGACUUCUGA